AUGGAGUAUUUCCUUCAUUCCUAUGUUAAUGGGACACCAUGGUCAGCCACAGCACUCAAGACAGCAAAUUUGUUGGGAAGAGGAUGCACAUGUCUAGGAUGGUGCAGCAGUGGUCCAAGGCAUACAUAUAUUCUGGACUGUGAGAAUCUGCUGUACUCACAAUGUAGUGGGGACUGGACAAAAUCUCAGAUUGAUGAUGAAGAUUUGAAGGGAGAAUUACUUGCACACCUUCAAUCACUUGGAAAAUAUGUUACUGCCACUGUAGUGAUUGAUUACCUUGCAAGGCCUGAUGUAAAAGAAUGA